AACCAGGCUGUUUACAAUCAAAGGAAAUGACGUGCCAAUGUUUUGAAUCGUGCGGGCUAGCAUCGCGGAAAGACAGCCUGUAACCACUGCACUGACCAGCAUCCCCCUAAUACAUCUGGGGAAAACUCACAGCUUCAUGUCCCCGUAAUUUCAGUCACAUAGGAGAACGCAAUGGACCUCCACAAAAUCAUCCACAGUGCGCUGCAUGAAUUUAUCCAGGCUUAUAUUCCUGAUGCAGAUCUCAGCACACUGGAUGAUGUUAUUUUGUCGUACAUCACUGGAGUCCUGGAGGACCUCGGCUCCCAGCAGAGUGUUGAGGAGAACUUUGAUGUGGAGGUCUUUGCAGAGAUGCUAGAAGCUUACAUACCUGGCUUUGCAGAAAUUGACAGUGUGAAAGUCUGCGAAAUGAUGUUCAAUCUGGCUUCAAAACUAGCCACUGCUCGGAACUCAGCGUAUGAAGAAAACGAGCCCAAGGCAAGUACAGAAGAGAUUUCAUUGAAACUCACCACCCUGCCCGCUGAACCUCCACCAGGAAGAGAAUCGCAGUGCCUUAAAACACAGACAGAGGGCGCCACUGCCAAGUUACCAGUGUCUGAGUGGGAGUCCCAGGAGCAACACCUGCUGGAGAUGUUUCCCAAGUGUAGCCUGUCGGAGGCUCGCAGCGCCCUGUCUAUUGCCAAAGGAGACAUGGAGGAAGCGGUGCGCCUUAUCAUAGAGGGCGAUGUCCAACUCAGCCCCACUCCUCUCAAUGUAAACCAUGGGAAGAGCUUUUCCACAGUGGCAGACCAAAAACUUAAAGAGAGCAUCCUUGAGAAGUACAUGCUGGUGGACAGGGAGGAUGAUAAGAAAACACACCGGCCUGUCGCCCCCAAAGAUGCUCCUAAGAAGUUAGUUCGGUACCACGGAAACCAGGUGGUGACCACAAAAGGCGAGCGAUAUCAGCUUGUGAAGAAAGACGAGGCAGAGGACAUGAAGAAGACGUACGUCAACCUCAAACCUGCACGAAAAUACCGAUUCCAUUGAUGACGAGCACAAUACUGUAAGAGCAGCUACUGACAAUAUUGUUUACACUUUUUUUUUAAUUGAGUUCAUCUGGCCUGAGUUUGUUCGAUUUUAUUCCCAAGUAAAGGAACAUAUUUGUGAGUGUGUCAGUGGCUUAUUUUAAACUGUUGUGUUACCAUUAUAUGCCUUGGUUAUAAUGUUAAAUUACAGUGUUUCAGUUGCUUGAGGAGCUUUUGAAAUUUUGUGUGAUACUUUGGUGAGGAUGUUGUAACUUGUGUUAUCGUUUGUGUAACAGCCUAACCUAUCUACUUUUUGCCAUUUCAGCAGGUCUGAUGUUGCACUGACAUUAUUGUCUUUUUUUACCUCUUCAUUUUUUUUUAGUUUUUAAUGUGUAUUUUCUUCAACUUACAAAAGACAAUAUAGAUUCAUAAUUAUGACGUGACGUUGUAGGGAUGAAUCUUGUCGUUUCUGUAAAUAAGUUCGUGGUGCUGUGGAGUUUUCUUCUGGAGUCUCAACUGCUUUUUUAUGUACAUAUCAAAUCAUUGAUGCCAAUUUCAUUUAAAUUUCUAUUUUUACAUCAUACAGGAAAACAGUGCUGUGGAAAUGUUUUGGCCAAGCCUUGUGAUUUGGACAAUUUGUUGUGCUACAAAAUGCUUUUUAACACAUCUGUUUCCACAUGGUAUUAAAAUGCGUCUUGGGUGAUCCGAGUACAUGUGGACAGUGUUAAAUACAGCACUCAACGACUUGCUAAGCUGGUCUGGGUUACAUUUGAUCAAAUAUCUUUUGUACUGUAAACACUAGUGCGUCCUCAACAACUACAGCGUCCUUAGUGCACAAUGUGGUGGUAGUUUUCGUAAGAGUGUGCGAAUUCUCUAUAACUUGGAGUUGGACAGAGUGUUGUGUAACCGUCCACCAUUUUGCCCUGUGAGAAAAGACGUGUUGAAGUCUGCUGACAGUGCUAUCUCCAGCUAUACCGACACAACCGCUAUUGCUACCACUUGGCUAAGAGACCUAAGCUGGAGGUAUGUAAUAGACACAGCUGUGUACAGCGAUGUGUCUCGGCUGUCCACUCAUGUUUGGAUCACUGAAAUGCAUGUUAACACCAGGUGUCAACAUUCUUAUAGAUUUUUAAAGUAAACAUUUGUACAGCAGGUAGCCACAGCAAUCCUCACCUGUGGAUUUGAUAUGUGGUCUUCCUUGGUUGAAUAAUUACACUGUGCUGCAGGUGUCUAGUUUCUAGUACCUAUGAUACACCCACUGUGUUUUAACAAAGACCAGACUACAAUGCAGUGGUUCCCAAAUAAUGCGUCCAAUCUGAGCUGACCACAAGUGACUCUCAAACAUGUCAAGCUUGUGAAACACACUUUAUCUUGAAGUACAGUGAAAUUCUGGCAGAGUUUUUACUUUGAAGUGGCAUUUCCUGCUUUAGAGUGAGUAAGUAACAGACAGCUACUUAACAGACAUCAAUCUAGCUCGACGACAUGACCAAACGCACGUAGGAAGCUGGAUAUAUUAAACUGUGGGGACCGUGACUAAUGACUAAGGAGAAAUCUUGACUCUGUGGACCACUGCUAUAUUGUGUACAGUACUUAAUGUCUACCACAUGAAGCAGGAUAACAGAGUUAUCUGGACAACUUUGCUGAACAGCAAUCUGUCCCAGACAUGAGCAAAACUAUCCAGAUAACUUUGGAUAAUGAAAGAGGUUAUGUGUCCUCACGACAAGAAAAUAUGCUGCUAGCAAUGAGGUCAACAAGAGGAAGGCCACAGUCCUGAUUGUUUAUCAUGUCCUGUCAUCACACCCCUUAGAGCGACUAAAGGAAGUGAAUGUGAUAUUAUGCAAGGUUUUGCCAUCCAGUACAGAGAGUUGUUAGCCUGACACGACGACCUGAGAGACUUGUCAGUGAUAAACUGAGGAGGAAAUGUUAAAUAUUUGUCAGUGAUACAGCUCUGAUAAAGCAAGGAGGCACCUUAAAUGUAAUUUUAUGAUCCAACUUGAAUGGAAAACACUAAUUUUUUAGCACAACAAAUUCUCAAAUGCUGCACGUACUGUUACAGCACUACUGUUUUUGGCAUAAUGAAGUGGAGGACGGUGGUUGCCCCCUAAAUGUUAAGCAAAACAUGCUGCGGGAGGACUUGAUUUUAAAGUUCCUUCCAACAGCAUUGUCUUUAUUUUUGAUAUAGAUGUUUAAAUUUGCAAAGUCGUACUGUCUUACUGAUUUCUGGUGAAGAGGGCCGUCGUGUGCUUUCAGGGACGUAACAGAAGUGGUCCUCUAUCACGGCUCCUUCCAUCCCAUUUGUGUUGUGAACUUUGCUUCGCUUGUGAUUGUUGGUUGUGGAAACUUUGAUUAUGAUUGGAUUCUUAUUUGACUCUUGUUGUAUAUUAGGAUAAAUGGGUUUUCCAGGUGUUUUGUUUUUUUAAUUUUUACAAAUAUAUACUGUUUUUUUAUUUGUGUUCUGCAUUCAUUUCAAGCAACUAUAAACAAUUGUUUUUGAUCGAUGGUAUAAUCUAGUUUUCCUUAGUGUAGGUGUGACACAAUCAAGUGUUGAAACAAUGUGUUGUUACUGAUUAUCAGUGGCAAAGUUGUCCUUUAUUUCUAUCUAAAGCUGUUUAGUCACAGUUUUUUCAGAGUUUUAACCCUGUGCUUUGAGGAACCGCUGACGCACAAUUUGUAGUAAAUAAAUACUAAUUUUUGUAGAUCA